AUGGAAAGCAAACCUAUACAAACUGAAACUGCUUCUCUUACAAGCCUCAUACAUAAUAUCAUUCCCACAACUUACAAUACAGAUGACAGUUAUGAUGAUUAUUUCUCUUGGCUUACUGAUGAUGAAUACUUUGGCAGUUUGCCUCCGGGUUUUCGAUUUGUGCCUAGUGAGGAUGAGCUUAUUCAUGAAUACUUGAACAAAAAGAUUAGGAAUGAGAAGCUGCCUCCAAACAAGAUUAACGUCCUUAAUCUAUACGAGUUCAACCCUGAACAACUUGCUAAUUACACGCCUGCUAGAGAGAACGAAUGGUACUUCUUUACGCCAAGGAAGAGAAAGUACAAAAAUGGGCAACGGCCAAAUCGAGGUGCAGAUAAGGGAUACUGGAAGGCAACUGGGGCUGACAGACAAAUCAAACGCAACGGUGAAGUUAUUGGAUAUCAGAAGGCUUUGGUAUUCUAUGAGGGAAAACCUCCAAACGGUAUAAAGACUACUUGGAUUAUGCAAGAAUAUCGAGUGAGUAAUCCCCCACCUCUCCAACGAAAGGGUGAAGAUGACAUGAGGUUAGACGAUUGGGUUUUGUGUAAGGUCUACAACAAAGAGGGCAAACCAAAAGGAACUAGAAAGCGAGCGAGGAUCAAUAAGAAUCAGAUUCAAGAAUCAAAUAACAACACUGAUCAAGCUGCAGCAAUGCAGGAAAAAACUGAUCAUGCACUAGCUGUUCAUUCUGCUGCUCCAUAUAAUUUUAAAUAUUAUCAGAAUCCCAAUAACUUGGUUUACCCAGAUGUUCAUGUUGUUCCUACAUAUCAGAAUGCAAAUAUGUGCAGUAAUCUAGCACCCAUUACCACGGUGUCACCAAUGCCGUCACUAGUACCAGAUCAUUCGAGACAUGUGGCAGUGUCGAUGGAACAACAUCACGAGAUUUCAAGAAUGCCAACUAUGGAUAUUAAUGAAUUUUUGGAUAUGGAAUGUAUACUGAACCUGGAGAAUCAGCCCCAUGACUACUCUCUAUUAUUCUAG